AACAUCAUACUAUUAGUUGUCAGAUUGCAGCGGAGGUGCGCCUUUCCGACAAGGUAUCCUAUGUUUAUCAAUCCUUGUGACAUUUGGUGGUCGUUUCCGUUUAGAUUUUUUUGAAGAAUUAAUCUAUAUAACAUUCGUGGACAGUUCUCUCCAAAGCGGUUUAUUCACCCCCGGGCCAAUAUCUAUAAAUGGGAUAUUAAUCUUUUUCCUAAUAAAAUUAAAUCUAACCAAAAGUUGAAGAUCUAAGCGAUUUCUAUCUGGGAAAAAGAUAAGAGUUUCCGUACUAAAAUUCGAUUAUAUCCUCGUGGUCGUGUGCAUCCUUCCUAAUAAGUGAAGAUUGCGAACUGGCCAAAGAGGUAUCAACAAAAUGUCUGCUGAGGACUGUAGGCAUUUUGUCAAGUGUUUUCUGGCGUGGCUAAAGAAGCAAGUGAAUGAACGCGAUUUCGGUUCAGAUGUCGUGGAAAGUAUAGAGGUAGCCACACAAUGCCUAGAGGCUGCUUACGAUAUUACAAGUGAUGCUGAGGGUACAGAUGAAUCGGGGCAAGGUGCAACUGAUGGUGCUGGAAAAAUAAGAAAAUAUCCUGAUGUUGAUUUAUUCGAUAUGUUUCAGUCAACAUGUGUUGACGUUUUGCCAGAUCGUAAGGAACGCGCUGAAGAAAUUAAAAAUGAAGGAAAUCGUCUCAUGAAGGAGAGUAAAUUCAAUGAAGCUUUACUGGCGUACAAUAAGGCAAUUAACUUAGAUGCCACGAAUGCUACGUUCUAUUGUAAUCGUGCAGCGGCUUACAUACGUCUCAGCGAAUAUGAAAAAGCAAUUUCUGAUUGUAAACUAGCUUUAGUGUACAAUCCUCAAUACGGAAAAGCUUACGGAAGGAUGGGAAUUGCUUAUUCAAACCUUCGUAAAUAUGAGGAAGCAUGCGAUGCGUAUCGUAAAGCCAUUGAAUUGGAACCAAAUAAUGACGACUACAAAAACAAUCUGCACAUAAUUGAAGGACAGGUUGAGAAUUUGGGUCAGCAAUUGUUUAAUCAUAUCGCAGGCGAUAAUAUGAACUUUAGGAAUUUAAUUAUGGAAAUUUUAUCAGAUCCACAAAUGUCAAUGGCGAGCUGUGAGGCUGCGUCUCGAGUAGCCAGCCAAUUUCCAGAUGUAAUAAAUGAAUUUCAAAGUCAACUGAGUGGAUUCUUAAAUAGAACAGGUGUCAAUGUUCAGCAGCCAACAUCCGGAGGGAGUGGUGGAUCUGGGUCAACAGCAGCAACAUCAUCAGCGAAUAAUACUUCCGGAAACGAUGAACAGCAAACUCCACCGCCAAGUGAUAGGAAUGGAGGCUCUGCAAAUGGCUAAUACCAAAUAUAUAAUACAACAUACUUUGUUUUUUGGGAGAUAUAAUUGAGGAUGAGGACAAGACAAAUGACAUAGAGAUCGAUUUGAUACUGUGAAUGGGAUGAGGACCGAUGUUAUUUGGACUUAUUUGAUUUUCGUUUAGGUUAUCAUGUUUUAAGAGGGUUUAAAUGCAAAUACCACACGAUGCUCUUCCUUGAUUAAAAUACAGAAAUGAUUUCGUUAAUUUA